CUGUCAUUGCACCUUUUGCGCGUCCAUGCACGGCGCUCUCUCGCUGCAUUCGCUGUUGUCGCAGAUAACGUUAGGUCGGAAUGCUAACGUCCCCAUGCCGCUCCCUGCAGCCACAACCGCUCACCGCGGCGACUGCGAAUCCCAAUGCUGCCACUGCGGCCGCUGCCGUCUUCAAGCGCCACGAGUCCAAUGCCUCCCUCCCGGCCGCUGCCGCCGCCGCCGCCCUCCGCGCGCGACCAACGACUCCGACCCGCGUGGCUGAUGUGCAGACGAAGCGGACCUUGCGCCGGAGCCUAUCCGUCGCCUCCUCGGGGACCGCGUCCCAGCCAGGCCCGGACCAGCCGGCGUUGCGCAGGCGUGGCAGCAGCGGGUCAAUGGCGGAGCGAACCUUUCGAACACCGAGCCCCCACCGCCCCAGUAGCAGCAGCGGCUCUGGCGCGCCGCGAAGCCAGCCGUUCGCCGACGAGAUGCCCCCUGUACCCGCGCUGCCGAGGGACGUGGGCGCAUCAUCCGCCCUGCGCGGCGGCGGUAUUGCCCAGCAAGACUCGCAGUUGCGGAGGGCGAACAGCGUGACCGUGGGAUCCACCCCCUUGCGACUCGCAUCCCAGAAACUCGCCUCAGGAGAGGGCCCAUCGUGGUUCGGCGCUGCGAAGCUGGGAGAUCUCGGAAGUGUCCGCCGGACUGACCCAGCCAUGGCCAGCCCGCCGUCGAGCCCGCUGCAGCUUUCGGCCCGGGACGAAGACCCGCCCGAGGGGCAAAGGCCGGGAAGUCAGGCGUCGUCGAUCAAUUUUUCCUAUCCGACGCGGGCAAGACUUGGCUCACCGAACGUUGCCCAACAACCGAAACCGUCCACCGUGAGCCCGACGUCAGCGCACACAAACCAGCCGCGACCCUCGACUGAAGACCGCCAAACAGCUCAGGCGCCACGAGUUAGACAGCAGCCGAAAGAGCAAAUGCGGACACAAUCCGUCACGAGCUACGCCGCCGACCAGAUUCUGGUUUACGACCCCAACUCCCGAAGGAUGGUGCCGCAAGCAGACCUACUAGCGGUUGAGCAGGCGGUGCGCAACGCGUCCCAACAGCGGACAGGUUCGAAGAAGAAAGUGAGGGCCCCUCAGGGGGUCGGAUCGCAUCUGGCAGCGGGUACGAUGAGUCGCACCAAGAGUGAGGCCUCGCACACCGCUCCGCCAGCAAAAACUCAGCCCCCUCGCCCUGUGGCACCCGUCCAGUUGGAGCGACGGGAUCAGCCGCCACCGGCUGCGGAUGCUGUUCCUGCCCGCAAUACCCGGGCGGAUGUCGAAGAACCUGCUGUUAAGAUGGUCAUUAGUUCGCCGAGGAUAGAAGAAAAAAGACUCGAGCAGCAACACGAACAAAACGCAAAGGCCUCGCUUCGGAUCAGCACUCCGGGAGUUCCCACUUCCGUCCCGGCCGCUCCUGUGGCUGCGCGGCUUGCUGUGAGGAGGCAGCCUUCCGUGGUUCAGGAGGAGCCAGAGCCGCAGGAUUCUGAAGGCGAAAGGAAGGCGGAGCGGGUCGUUUCCGAUGCCUCGGAUGCCGUGCCGGCGCGACAGAGGAUGCGCCGUGCAGCACUCCCCGAGAACCAGCCUCCAGCAGCGCCGCAACAGCAGGCGACUCUGCCGUCGUCGGGUUUCCCCGAGAGCCGUGCGACCAAUCUGGCCGAUCAGGGGCCCAAAGAGGACUUCCCCGAUGUCUCGGAGAACCGGCAAUCAAAGCCCGGCGCCGUGGCCCUGGUGUCGCGUGAGCGCACCCAUUCAAGCAGCCCUCCUCGACAGGCGCAUUUCGGUCCUGUACAGGAUAACUUGACGGUCAAGCACUCGCCGCCGCCACGAUCAAUCUCCCCGCGAAAGUCAGCCAUGAAGCAUACGAGCCCGCCGCGCGGGCCAUCACCUUCCGGUGAUACGUCUGAGACCUCUGGCAGCGUCAGCCAAGAUCCUCCUGUGUCGCGCAAGAAGUCCGUGCGGGUGAGCUUCGAGGAUGGCAGUACCGCCGGGGUUGGAAACGAGUCGGCAAAGCGAACUGAUUCGCCAUCGACGGGCAGCCCGCAGCCCACACACCGUCACAGCUGGCUCUCCCACCUUGGCCGCCCUCAUGUAGACUUGCCGCCCCUCGAAGUUGAUGAGGUUAUGAAGCCGCGGCCGGCUCUGCCGAGCUUUGGCAGCGUGAGGGACCGGAAACCGCGGGACACUAGCCUGGAUCAAACCGAGCGGCCGCUGGUUCGGCCCAAGGCAGAUACCCGGCACAGUUGGCAGGCACUCCCUAGCGCGCCUCUAGGUGCAAGCAAUGAUCAUGCCAUCGGCGCGGUUCUGUCGCGUGAGCAACAAGUGUCGAGGGAGAAGCAUGGGCACGCCGAACACACCUCGACACCUGGGGAGCCAUUGCCUCCGGUGGUGACCAGUGUCGAGGGCCCUGCUUAUUUCAGCGACAGCUCCGACUCCAGCUCCAUCAUCAGUUCCGAGUUUGAGCACCCGGAGGUGGUGUUGCCGACUACGGCCCCGGGACCGCCGCCGGAAGCCAAAGGUGGCUUGCAAUCCGCUCCUCCCGUCAAUGGUGCAGCGGCGAGUACCGGCCGCGACGACCUCCCUUCACACGAAGUCAAGGUGCAAGACAAGACAGCAGAGCCACAGAUACCCACGAUAUCAGUAUCCCAGGCGACGCCCCUCGGUGGCGAGAACAAGUCGCUCGGGCAGUCCUUCAUGGACGUCCCUGGCGGGUUCCCUGAGGAUGAGUCGGACCAGUCUGCUGCGUCGGCUGCUCGGAAAGCCCAAGGCCCAACGGUCGUUCAGCCCGCCGAGGCGACUUUGCCAGACAGCAACUCGGCACAAACGAUCGUUCACACCGGCCAGCACUCAACAGCGCAAGACGAGACCGACUCCGAGAGCAGCAUCUACAGCGAUGCGUACGAGGACCUUUCCGACAUCGAGGGCGACGGUUUCCAGUCCCUCGACGCUGUGGUUGAAGGUCCGCUACAGGCGAGUCCGUUGCAGCAGAACCAGCCAAGGCGGGACCUACCUGAACACUCCUUGCCAGAGACAUCGUCCCUCCAGCCCAAGCAAGAAGCUCCGGCCCUCCAUACCGAGAUAUCUUCGGCUACAACUGCAGUGGAGACGUCCCCCGCAGAGACGCCGCAGGACGAAUGGGAAAGAGCAAAGGCCUACUUGAAGAGUCUGACGGCAGAGAAGCGGGCACAGCUGGCGAGGGAGGCAAUGGAGGAGGCGGGAAUCGAAGCGGACAUGGACGAGGUAGAACGCGAGUUCAAGGUCAAGAAAAAGAAGUCGGUGGAGCGCAGGAACUCGGAACGGAAGGCUUUGGCCUUGCACAUGGCGCAGCAAAUGAUGGCGCAGCAGGAGAAGGAAACAGCAACAAACCCGGACCGCAGCUACAUGAUCCAGCCUGGCGAGGGAUUGGCUGGGGCUGGCUUGGACAUUCCACCGAUGCGGAAGACGAUGCGCGGCGAGGCCGAACAGCCGACUUCUCUCCCCGCCGUCGAGAGACCGCGACUGCGGAAGUCAAUGCGCACCAGCGGCCCAGCAGAUGGCAGCCAAGAACUCCGGGCAACAACAGCCAACCGAGCCGCCGCCAAGCGACAGGUCUCGUCUCCUCCGGUGACUGGUGAUCCUACGGAAACAGCAGGACAUCGUAGGUCAGUAACGCAGGUAGAGCCCGCUGCCGCAGUUGCGAGGCCUCUUCAGUCUACCAUCCAGCGGCGCGGCUCUACGGGCAGCGAGAGCAGCUUCAAGCGUGCCCGGCCUGCCCGAGCGCAGGGCUUCGGGUUCCGCCACUCCCUAAGGCCAACUUCUCCCCCGUCGCCUCGGAGUGACGACAAUCGCUCCUCGAAAAGGUUCUCAUUGCGCACACUCUCUCCGGCGCGGUCGUCACUCGCCAGCACAUCCGCACCCGCACCCGCGCCGAUGCGCACGACGCUGCGCGGCCAGCCGCCGGCAAAGAAGAGCCCGACCGGCAUCCGCAUGCCGAGCUUCAGCCUCUCGUACGGCGGGGGAAAGAAGAGCAGCAGCGGUGCCGGGCCCGGUGGCUCUCGCUUCACCAGCCGCUUGGCAGAUUCCAGCGACGAAGACGACGGCGGCUUCUCCUCGCGCUUCCACAGCCGAUUCGCCGACGACUCGUCCGACGACGAGCCUGCCAGGCCGCUCCCCCUGCCGCUCCCCAAACCAGCGGCCCCCGCGGCCCCCGCGGGACUCCCGCACGCCCUGAGAAAGGAGAGCUCCAUCGCGAGCACCGCGCUGCCCGAGGAGCUGGAGUCGUCGGACGACACGCGCGAUGCGGCCACCAGCCUAGCGGUGCACCCCGACAACCAGGGCAAACCCCUUUUAGCGCCCGCGGCCAAUAGCACCGUCACCACCGCCACAACAACAGCCAAGACAGACCUCUCCCUCCGCCGCAUCCGCUCCGGCCGCGGCACGCUUCUCCCCACCACCACCACCACCACCGCCGCCGCACCCGCCUCCUCGCUUUCCCAGCCCGCCACCGCCGCCACAACCGCCGCGGAAAAUGCCACCACCGCCGCUACCGCCGGCCCCUCCCGCCGACGGAAUAGCCUCCUGCUGUCGGUGCUGCGCCCCCGCCGCGGGCGCCAGGGACAAGGCGGCGGCGCCAUCGCCCGGCCCGAGGUCAGCGAGAGCGCGGCAAGGCGGGAUACGCCGCUGGAGCGGAGCGUGGGGCAGCUCGAGCGGAUCCGGAGCCGGGGUGCGCGGCGUUCUCUCGGUGCCGGUGCCGGUGUCGGUGCUGCGCUGGGGGCUGGGGCGGCGGCUGCUACUGCUGCUGAUGGUGACGAAGAUGGUGAGGAUGGUGAUAACGGUGAGGAGGGGGUGGGGCAGGGGGUGGUGGCGGUGCAGCAGCAGAGGAGUCCGCGGUUGCGACUGCAGAAGCGCGGGAGCCGAAGCGCCGCGGUUGGUGGUGUCAACGCGACGAGCGGGAGUGGCACCGCUGCGGGGCGGGUCUCUGGCGCCGUGGUUCCGCUGACGCAGCCCCAGCCCCGGUCGUCGGGGUUGGAUCAUUCGGGCGACGCCGGCCUCCUGGUGCAGCAGCUGCAUCUCACGCGGUCGGCGACGUCGGAGAAGAACCUUGGCACGCGCACCCUCAGCAGCGGUGGUGACGGCGGCAGCGGUGGGGGCUUCCUGCAUCUGCGGCCGCAGCCGCCGCCGCGGGUGUCGUCGUUGGGCGGUGGUACCGCCGACCUGACGAGUGUGGAUGGCUCGGUGGCGGGGGCGUCGUCGACGACGAGGAAGAAGCGGUUCGGCGCGCUUAGGCGCAUGUUUAAAAUCGAGGAUUGAUGGGGUGGGACUGGGGGGGUGGAAGGUAUCUAACUAAUAGUUGGGCG